UCGUUUUCUCGUUCGUUCUGGUCAGAAUUAGGCAGGAUUUAAUGUGUCCUCGAUUCGAAGAGGAAAGAAUCACAGAUCAAAUUGGAGUUGAUCUGAUUAGCUUUCCAAAGGCUGGCGAUUUCCUAAAAUUAGGUUUCUUGUUUGGUCUUGGCAUUUACUGACGUUGGAGGCGGUUUCCGAUUUCAAGAUUGAAGAUACAUGGGGAAGGGAGGAGGUUGCGUGCCGAGCAAGAAGCGGCAGCCAGCUGCUGCCUUGGAUGGUUCUGCCACCGCCGAGAAGAAUGCUCCUAUUCCCGUGGAGGAGAAGAUUGAAGCCAGCGCAGAGGUCAUCGAACCCGCUUCACCAUCGUCGGUCGAGUCCAAGCUCAAGAUCUUCAUCGUGUUCUACUCCAUGUACGGCCACGUUGAGUCUCUUGCCAAGCGGAUGAAGAAGGGUGUGGAUGACAUUGAAGGUGUAGAGGGUGUCCUGUAUCGUGUUGCAGAGACCCUCCCACCGGAUGUCUUGGACAAGAUGCAUGCUCCGCCCAAGGAUACGGCGAUCCCGUUGAUAUCGGCUGCAGAGAUGGUUGAGGCGGACGGCAUACUGUUUGGUUUUCCGACUAGGUAUGGGUGCAUGGCUGCUCAGAUGAAGGCCUUCUUUGAUUCUACUGGACAGCUAUGGAGGGAGCAGAAGCUUUCCGGCAAGCCAGCCGGGUUCUUCGUGAGUACCGGUAGCCAAGGGGGAGGGCAGGAGACCACUGCUUGGACUGCGAUAACCCAAUUGACCCACCAUGGCAUGCUCUUCGUUCCCAUCGGAUACACCUUUGGAGCUGGUAUGUUCGAGAUGGAUGAAAUCAGAGGUGGUUCUCCAUAUGGUGCUGGCGUCUUUGCCGGAGAUGGCACAAGGCAAGCUAGUGAGGCAGAGCUUGCCCUAGCAGAGUACCAGGGCAAAUAUAUGGCUUCUGUAGUCAAGAAGCUGGUGCAAACUUGAUCCUUUCACUAGCUUUUCACUGGGAUUGCAUGUUUUCUAUGUAAAACCUGAAUGCCUAAUGUUCUAUUCCAUUCAUAAAUUAGCUCUUCGCCUAUGUGUUUUCUGAUACCUGUAAUUAUUUCUUGUAUUUGGUCAUGGUCAUGUGUCCAAAAAUCAUGAUGUCUUUGACAAAAUAAGGUUGUGGCAUUUGAUCUUCGA